AUGGGCCCGGCUCCACCUCCCAUCUUUCUUCCUGAGGUGCUCCUGCCUCCCCCAUUCGAAAUUUCUGCCCAGAUAGGGACGUAUCAUCUGUCGGACCUCCUCACACGGGUCACAGGUCCGGGAACAACGCAGGGCAACGACUCGAGUCGCCUUGCUGUGCCUGCGCUUGACCUUUAUGGGCCCCAACUACUUGCUUCACCUCAUCGAGGGCACAUCACCGUCACCUUCUCCACGUCCCCCCACAAUGAGACUCGCUAUACUCUGUACUGCGCGCGCACUCUAGAAAGCAGACAGAGAGGGGUGGACGGGAUCGAAGCGCACAACCGCUCGUGUUUCCUUCUCAGCGCCUACUCCCGUUUGUUUGGCCCGCCCAAAGUCAAAGUCUAUCGCGACUCUCGCCAGCGCCGUUGCAUUCGGUUCCUUCGCUCUACGUACACGAUGCACCUUGCCUUCCGCUAUUGGUUACCCUCUAGCUCGUAG